GUUUUAUCUUCACAACAUUGCUACUACCUCUUAUAGCUUCAAUAUAUUUUAAAGAUCUUCCCCCAAAAGUACAUUACCCGCGGCUGCGAUUGUUAGCAUUAUAAUCUCAAAUACAACGUUAUAUCUUCUAUAUAAUAAUAUGACUAAGGAGAGAGCUGUCUACUAUGUGUGUAUGUGGCCUCUUCUUAUAGGAAGUAAGAGGGUCCACAUACUGGGGCUAUCCACAACGCUGGCUAUCUCAUCAGUGGGACACGAUACCAAUAUAAUGGAGCGGAUGGCAUCCUAGUGCAGAUUAAUGGUCUGACCGUACAAGCAGGCUGAGGCGAAGGAUGUAUAUACCACUGUUGGUUGUCGGCCAAGAAGUGAGUUAUCGGCCGAGCACCAACACCCACCCAAGUUACACGAACGAGGGGGUCAUUAUUACUACCCUCCCUCGCUGCCUCUCUGUCGAAGGGAUGCUCCGAAUCCCCAAUCCCCAUUAUCUUGGCAACUCGUAUCAACCAAACUUCUCACGAACAAGCAACUACGUUACUACCUUUUCUACUCCCAUCAAAUGAUGAACACUCUUCACCUCGUUCACAUACCCAUAUGUAGUUAAACAACAUCGAAAUGAGUGCCACGAAAGGGACAAUCCUCAUCACUGGUGCCAAUGGGGGCCUCGGAAGCGCCAUUGCUAAACAAGCCUCUUCUGAGCCCAAAUUCAAUGGAUAUCACAGCCUGUUUGCUGUUCGUGACGCGACAAGGGCACCCGCCCUUAGAUCCGUACUCUCGAACGCAACACAUCCCUACGAUCUUAUAUCCCUUGACCUGACUGACCUCGAUAAUGUGCGUCAGGUCGCUGAAGCGAUCAAUGCACGCGUCGCAGCAGGAGAAAUUCCUUCUAUCCAAGCCUUGAUUCUUAAUGCUGGAUUCCAAGAUUUUGGCAAGCAGAUUUGGACUGAGGACGGUUUCGACGUGACAUUUAGCGCCAAUUAUCUCGGUCACUGGCUAUUAACGCUGCUGCUUCUAAAGAGUAUAAACAAAGACUCCGGUCGUAUAGUUGUGGUCGGAAGCCAGUCCCAUGAUCCUUACGACAAGCGUAACGACGGCACAGGGGCGUUUGCAGAUGAAAAGGACAAGACCUUCGUAAACGACCAGGCCAGUUUUGAAGCAAUAGCAAAAGGCACCUGGAGCUCCGCACAAGAGGACCCAUCAUGGCGAGGCGGGUUUCGUCGCUACGGCGCGUCCAAGCUCUUCCUCAUCAUGAUGAUCCACGAACUCCAACGUCGAAUGAAUCUCGAUCCUGUUCUGAGCAAUGUCUGUAUUUUGGGCGUUGAUCCGGGUACUAUGACGACAGGUCUACAACGACACGCAUCCUGGAUGAUUCGGGUUCUAUUAUUUCAAAUUAUUUAUCCAAUCAUUGCUUUCUUCAUGCCGAACGGACCAGUGCGGACUACUGAUAAAUCAGCGUCGCGAGUGCUCCACGCCGCAUUUGAAUCAAGCCCAGAGUUGGGGGAGUCUCCGAAGGGACUAUAUUUCCUGGAUCAAGUGCUUUUCGAGACAAGUGCUGAGUCUAGAGACGCGCAUAAACGAGAUAUAGUCUGGAAGGAAACCGUAAAGUAUACUCAUUUAGAUCAGAGCGAGACCAUUUUAAGUAAUUGGCAGUGAUGGGUUCAGAUUGUCCUUUAGACUUACAUAGUAGAAUAGCGUCAACUGCAUAGUAAACUCUGAGAAAAUUGAUUUACGGAGUUACUGAUAGGUUGCCAUUGCAUUGGCGAUCAUAUGGUUUUUGUCUCUUCACAUUCACAGAAGCAGGCUCUCAGGUAAGGGCGGGUGACGUGAAAUGGAGGCCAAUCAUUAGCAUGUAGAAAUUUAAUAUAUGCCAUCCUUUUCAUGCUGUCCUAACUAAUAUACGGGCCAUGCGUAACAACAUCCUGUCUUACAUUCGUACAUUAGGUACCUAACGUUCUUU